AUGCUGGCACAAAGAGUUAUGCAUGUUGGGAGGCAAGCUGAUCCUGAAAAGAAACGACCACACAGAUCAAAGGUUUAUUUAGCAACUCACAAGAAGAAGGAUGAUGCUGAUGCUAAAAAUAAAGAUAGAAAUAAGCGCCUGGAUCGAUUGGAGAAUCUAAUAACCGAACGACCAGAGUUGGCACAAAAUUUGAAUGGAAGAGUCGCAUGGGAAGGUGAUGCCCUGCAGGAAGUGUUAGGGAAAGAAAAGAUUGGACAAGUGCAUGGCAUGGGUUUGCUUCCAACUCCUAAGCAAGUCUACGGUCGGACGCCACGGUAUCUAAAGAACAUCAAUAUGACUAGAACUGAUGGAUCACCAUAUGAAGUUGAACAUGACGUUUGGGAGGUAAUAGCAAAGAUGCAGGAGCAUAUAAAAAAGCAAGACCAGAUUAUUAAAGAUAUGAAUAACAAAGAAGGCUAUGUCAAUAAUGGCAUGGAAGAGGAAAACCUCCAAUCAAAUGAUAAUGGUAUUUCUCGCUCACCAGUACUGCUUGGUAAAACAAAGAGAAUCCAGUGCAAUGGACCCGUUGAGGCAUGCUCGUCUAUGCAACAUGACAUUCCUGAGGAUAAUAAUUUAUCACGUUCGCAUGAAAAGGUUGGCGACCAUGAUGUCAACCAAUUACAAAUUCAACAAAAUUCAUCAUCACCACAAGACCUUGUUAUUGAUUCUGUGCUAGAGCUUCAAGGUGAUGGAAACGAGGAAUAUUACGGGUGA